GCGGCGAGAGCCCCUUCCGCGCCACCGUCCAAUGUGCUUCCCCCAACUAGCGAGCGCUCCACAAUCUUAUCCAAUAAUUAUCGCCAUUGGGCGAUACCUUAUCUCGUGCAAUGACGCGAUAUUUUAAAGUUCUACCGAGAUAAGAGACUAGUGAUUAAAACUCAGGUGUAGAAUGUGUGUCUGACCGCUAUCGUUUCAAAGAAACUUUAACAACCGUUACUUAGUGCUCGAUUACAAAUAUUACGAUGUCGUUGUUCAAGAAGAAAGCGCCAAAAUACACGGCGCCCCCGGUGCCGCCUGUGCCGGCGGAGGAAGUGCCUCCUGCUAACGGAGUGGACAACAACAAUGGUGCCCAGAAGUCGCAGCUGGUCUUCCACUGCCAGCAAGCACACGGCAGCCCCCUUGGACUUAUUUCUGGAUUUUCUAAUGUCAAAGAGUUAUACCAGAAAAUUGCUGAGUGCUAUGACUUUCCACCAGAAGAUAUCCUGUUCUGCACAUUGAACACACACAAAGUUGAUAUGAAGAAGCUCCUUGGAGGACAAAUUGGAUUAGAAGAUUUCAUAUUUGCGCAUAGAAAAGGUCGUCCCAAAGAAAUAGAAAUAGUCAAGACAGAAGAUUCUCUGGGCCUAACCAUUACGGACAACGGUGCCGGAUACGCGUUUAUCAAGAGAAUGAAAGAAGGUUCUAUAGUCUCGAGAAUACCGCAUAUAGAGAUCGGUGACCAUAUUGAAAAAUUAGAUGGAUUAAAUAUGGUGGGCAAGAGACAUUACGAAGUAGCAAAAACAUUAAAGGAAAUUCCUAAGGGCACGACAUUUACUAUUCGCCUCGUAGAGCCGUUAAAGAGCGGUUUUAACAGCAUUGGACCAAAAACGAGUAGCGCCAGAGCAGGAAAGAAACAAAAUUAUGGUUCAGGGAAGGAAACACUUAGAUUUAAAGCAAAUGGUCAAGCUACUAUUGAAAAUGAGCAUGACGAGAAAUCGAAAGCGGGCAUAGAGAAAAUAAACUCUCUGUUGGAAUCAUUCAUGGGCAUCAACGACACCGAGCUAGCCACGCAAAUGUGGGACUUAUCUGAGGGCAAGACAAACUCCAUGCAGUUAGCCGAAGCCAUAGACAACAGCGACUUGCAAGAAUUCGGUUUUACUGAUGAAUUCAUCAUUGAACUUUGGGGGGCCAUCACGGAUGCUAGAUCUGGCAGGCUCAGUUAGAGACGCUAGUGGUAGAUAAAUAAAUAAUUUAUUCCGAACUUGGCUAGAGCACUACUCGUGUCAGGUAUGUAAACUGCCUAGUGCAGCGCAUUCUCAUGUUCAAAUAUGGAAAAUGAUAAACAUAUGUAUUGACUUAAACAAAGAAAUUGUUGAAUAUUGAAUAGGCACUCAAGAAAAUAUGUGUAUUAUAGUAUUUAUGGUUAUGAUAUGAGUCAGAUUAUUUAUCUUAUGAUAAUGAAGAAAUAAUUAAUGAUUGAUCACUAUUGUAUUGUUUUGGCUAAAUAUGUGUCAUUUCCCAGCAAGAAGUCCUACUUUGUCGCUUGCCAUGAGAACACUUACAAGCAAAUCCCGUCUUUAAGGUAAUCGACAAAUUGAGAAAUUUCGACAUAGCCUUCGUUCGAUCUACUUGUAGAGAUAGUGCAUUUGAUUUUCUUUUAUUUUAAAAUGAUAUAAUAUACGUGAAGUAGUAGCUUUUCAAAACCCAAGAUAUUUAUUAAUUGAUGUAAUUGGAGUAUGGAAUAAAAAUAUGGAGCUUAUUACUUAGGUAUAAGCAGCACUAAUUCAUAUCAUCCGUGCAAUUACCUACUGAAAAUAUAUUUCUGUAUAAAGACUGUAUCGUUAAGUAUGAAGACAAUUUUGAGUAGCCGUAUUUAUUUGCUAUUAUAUU